UCUGCCCAUCUCUCCGCAGGACACUACAAGGACGAGAUCCUGAGCUGUGGCGGGCGUUCGGACAGAUCAUGUCUCAGGGUCUGAUGAGGAAGCCGCAGCCGUUCACUGUCGGCACCCGACUUUCCAUUCCCAAAUGUCCCGAUUUAUCUACCUCUGGCCACUGUGUGGCCCCCAUGGACAGCCUCCCUAUGCCUCAGAACCUCCAUCACCGCACCCUGCAUUGCCCUCCACCUCCCCAGGGGACCGCCCACCGCCGAAGCCCCCGCUUCAGCCUGCCAGACGGCGAGGAGUGUAACCGCGGACCUCACAAGUCUCUGGCACGCUCCAUCAGGAAGAUCGCCCUCUCCCGUCAUGGCGACCCCGCCCACAAAGAGGGGGCGAUGAGGAUGAGCCCCCGACCUCCGUUCAUCAACUCACAUGGGAACUUCAAUAAUAAUAACAGCCGGGGACUGCGGCAGCUCGCACCGGACGCCAUCAGCCCGCCAUGUGACUGGAUCAGUAAUAAAUCGCCCGCCAGCCAGGCCAAGUGUGGUGCUGUCAUGGAGGACUUUGUACAAGAAGCUAACACUCAGUCCUGCACUGUGAUUGGCUGUCGUGUUGAUGUCACUGCCGAGUGUCCCAGACAACGUCCCAUUCAUCAGACACAUGUGACCACACAGCACCCGGCCGCUCUUAAAGUGGAACUCCAAAACCUUUUCUUUGGUUUUAGAUGGUGUGAGAAGUCACCGGGACAGGAA